CGUUUCGUCUUCAAAGAAAGAAAAUUCUAUCGGUCGGCUUUCAUAAAUUUAUUUUCUCGAGAGCAGACUGCAUUUGGAACGUAAAAAUUUUAAUUUGUCUAAUUUAGGCGUGGUUAUUUUAGAGCAUAUUGUAGAGAAAAACUAAAUAUGUCUGAGUUACAGUCAUCUUUGUUGCUAAAGAAACAAUUAGCAGAAUUGAACAAGAACCCAGUAGAAGGAUUUUCAGCUGGAUUAAUUGAUGAAAAUGACAUAUUCCGGUGGGAAGUUCUCAUAAUUGGGCCACCAGAUACGCUUUAUGAAGGAGGUUUCUUUAAGGCACAUCUGCAUUUCCCGAAAGAGUAUCCGUUGCGUCCACCCCGAAUGAAGUUCGUUACAGAGAUUUGGCAUCCAAAUAUUGAAAAGAAUGGCGAUGUCUGCAUUUCCAUUUUGCAUGAGCCUGGCGAUGAUAAAUGGGGCUACGAGAAAGCAUCCGAGCGCUGGCUGCCUGUACACACAGUGGAAACAAUUUUGAUAUCUGUGAUAUCAAUGCUAGCUGAUCCCAACGAUGAGUCUCCAGCAAAUGUGGAUGCUGCCAAAGAAUGGCGGGAAUCCUAUACUGAUUUCAAACGCAAAGUGGCCCGUUGUGUCAGAAAAAGUCAAGAGGAAUGCUCGUAGAAGGCGGAUUUGCUCUAUAUUUGUAUAUUUAUAUUAAAAAAUUUGAUACAUUAAAAGGAAUAACUGAAUUAAUA